AUGAUGCUAACCAGGCAAAAAAGCAAUAUGUCGUUUUCCAAGCCUUCAGUUUUCUUCCUUGUGUUUUUGCUUUUUUCUCUGUUCCAAGCACCUGCUUUUGCAGUAAGAAAGUCUUAUAUAGUGUACUUGGGAUCCCAUGCACAUGGUCCAGAGGUUUCUGUAGCUGAUCUUGAUCGGGUAACUGAUUCUCAUUAUGACUUACUCGGAUCAUUCUUGGGAAGCCACAAGAAGGCCAAGGAUGCAAUUAUCUACUCGUACAGAAGGAAUAUCAAUGGUUUUGCUGCCCAACUUGAAGAGGAAGAGGCAGCUGAAAUUGCGAAGCAUCCAAAAGUUUUGUCAGUUUUCUUAAACCAAGGGAGAAAAUUACACACAACUCAUUCGUGGGAAUUCAUGUUACUGGAAAAAGAGGGUGUAAUUCACCCCAGUUCCUUGUGGAAGAAGGCCAGGUUUGGUGAAGACGCAAUCAUUGGGACUCUUGACACUGGUGUUUGGCCUAAAGCGGAGAGCUUCAGUGACGAAGGUUUUGGACCCAUCCCAUCAAAGUGGAAAGGAUUCUGUCAAAAUGAUACCAGUGAUGGAGUCCCCUGCAACAGGAAGCUAAUUGGAGCAAGAUACUUCAACAAAGGCUAUGCUUCGUAUUCGAGGCCACUCAACUCUUCAUUUGAAACGGCACUUGACCAUGAGGGUCAUGGCACUCACACGCUAUCCACAGCAGGCGGGAACUUUGUUCCAGGUGCAAACGUAUUUGGUGUGGGCAAUGGAACUGCAAAAGGUGGUUCACCUAAAGCGCGAGUAGCUGCCUACAAGGUGUGUUGGCCACCAAUUGAUGGUAAUGAAUGCUUUGAUGCUGAUAUAAUGGCAGCCUUUGAUGAGGCCAUACAUGAUGGCGUUGAUGUGCUUUCGGUGUCACUCGGCGGCGAACCCUAUAACUAUCUUGAUGAUGGCCUUUCAAUCGGGGCAUUCCAUGCUUUUAAGAAAGGUAUCGUUGUAGUAUGCUCAGCUGGAAAUUCUGGUCCAACACCUGCAACUGUCUCAAAUGUUUCACCUUGGAUAAUAACUGUUGGAGCAAGCACGUUGGAUCGAGAGUUCCGAGCUUUUGUUGAACUCCGGAAUGGGAUGCGAUUCAAGGGAAAAAGCAUGUCUAAACCUUUGCCAGAAGAUCGAUUCUACCCACUUAUUAGUGCUGCACAGGCUAAAGCUGCUAAUGCAUCUAUUAAUCACGCUUUGCUCUGUAUGGGGGGAACUCUGGAUCCUGAAAAGGUGAAGGGUAAAAUUUUGGCCUGCCUGAGGGGGGAAACUGCAAGAGUGGACAAGGGCGAACAAGCAGCUCUUGCUGGUGCAGUAGGGAUGAUUCUUUGCAAUGAUAAGUUCGAUGGUAAUGACACUGUUGCUGAUCCUCACGUGUUACCAGCGUCACAUAUUGGUUAUGAAGAUGGUGUUGCUGUCUUUGCCUACAUCAAUUCUACCGAUGAUCCAUUGGCAUUUAUAACGGCCCCAACAGCACAACUUUACACAAAGCCUGCCCCAUUCAUGGCCUCAUUCUCGUCCAAAGGGCCUAACAUUAUUACACCCGAGAUUCUCAAGCCUGAUGUUACUGCUCCUGGAGUGGAUAUCAUAGCUGCCUUCACCGAAGCAAAAGGCCAAACAGAAGAACCUUCAGCUCCUUUUGCCAUAAUGUCUGGCACAUCUAUGUCUUGCCCUCAUGUUUCUGGGGUUGUCGGCCUUCUUAAGACACUCCAUCCUCACUGGAGCCCAUCUGCAAUAAGAUCCGCAAUCAUGACAAGUGCAAGAACAAGGGAUAACACUGUGAAUCCCAUGCGCAAUGAAUCCUCUGUGAAGGCAACUCCGUUUGAUUAUGGUGCUGGCCACAUGCGACCAAACCGUGCCAUGGAUCCUGGCUUGGUAUAUGACUUAACCACCAAUGAUUAUUUGGACUUUCUCUGCAAUAUUGGCUACAAUCAGACCUCCAUUGAACUCUUUUCCGGGUCUCCUUAUGAAUGUCCCAAGGCGACCAGUCUUUUGGAUUUCAACUAUCCAUCCAUAACAGUCCCUCAACUCUCUGGGUCUGUUACUGUGACUCGAAAGCUGAAGAAUGUUGGUUCACCAGGCACCUAUGCAGCUCGUGUCCGGGAGCCAAGUGGAAUUUCAGUUCAUGUUCAUCCUAAGAAGUUGACAUUUGAUCAAAUUGGAGAAGAGAAGAGCUUUAGGUUGACCCUGGAAGCUAAGGGACAUGCCGUGGCUGAAAACUAUGUUUUUGGAGGGAUAACUUGGUCAGAUGGCAAGCACUACGUAAGGAGUCCAAUAGUAGCUGCUACUGCUGCCUCUUAG